AUGCCCGCUCAAAAGAAAGUCGCUAUCAUCAUUUACACCCUUUACAACCAUAUUGGUCGUAUGGCUGAGUCUGUCAAGUCCGGGGUGGACGCCCAAGGCUUUGAGUCCAAGAUUUUCCAGGUUCCUGAGACCUUACCUAAGGAAGUCCUCAAAGCAAUGCAUGCCCCGGAGAAACCGCCUUACGAAAUUGCAACUCGUGACACUUUGAGUGGUUACGAUGCCUUUUUGUUUGGUAUUCCCACCAGAUUCGGUAACAUGCCGGCACAAUUCAAAACCUUUUGGGAUACCACUGGAGGUCUCUGGGUCAACGGUGGAUUGUACCAUAAACCAUUUGGUGUCUUUGUCUCUACUGGUACCGGUGGUGGUAAUGAAUCUACUGUGAUGAACAAUUUGUCCAGUUUCAUUCAUCACGGUAUGGUUUUUGUUCCAUUGGGUUACGCCAAAGUGUUCCCCGAACUGACUAAUUUGAAUGAAGUUCAUGGCGGUUCUCCUUGGGGAUCUGGUACUUUUGCUGGUGCUGAUGGGUCCAGAAAUCCUACUGAGUUGGAGUUAAAAAUUGCUAAGCUGCAUGGUACAGAAUUUGGAAAGUAUCUCAAGGGGGAAUAA